AUGCAGGCUUCCAGUAUCCUGCCAGUGUCAGGUGUGCUGCAGCCAGGAGAGAGCCAGCAGGUCUCCUUGCCCUUCUCUGGCCACCUCAACAGCAUCUCCAGUGCCACGGCGCUGUGCCACGUGGAGGGAGGCCCCAGCUCCGAGGUGCUGGUGCCCGGGGAGGCCUCACGUGCCAGCUGCUCCCCGAGCCCCCAGGAGAUCAGCUGUGGCUCUGGGGCACCUCUCAGGGAGAGAAGGGAGCUGAAGCAGCCGGCUCCAAAGCUUGAGGAGGAGGCAAAAGCCUUGGUGGAGGAAGAGAGGUGGAAGGAGAAAGAGAAGCAGAAGAAAGCAAAGAAGGGUGUCUCUGUGGGGAAGGAACCUCCAAAAGCAGAGAAGGGGAAAACCAAACCCACAGAGAAUGAAAGCAAGGCUCCAGAGAAGAAGGUCAUCAAAGAAUCAGAGAGGAAGGAAACCAAAAUCCCAGAGUGGAUGGAAACCAAAGCCCCAGACAAGAUGGAAACCAAACUCCCAGAAAAGAAAAACAAACAUCCAGAAAACAAGGAAACUAAAUUCCCAGAGAGGAAUGAAAGCAAAGCCCCAGAGAAGAAGGAAACCAAGGCCCCAGAGAAGAAGGACACCAAAGCAUUAGAGAGGAAGGAAACCAAAUUCCCAGAGAAGAAGGAAACCAAAGCUGCAGAGAAGAUUGAAAACAAACUCCCAGAAAAGAAAUACAAACCUCCAGAGAAGAGGGAAUCCAAAUUCCUAGAGAAGAAGGAAACCAAAGCUGCAGAGAAGAUUGAAAACAAACUCCCAGAAAAGAAAUACAAACCUCCAGAAAAGAGGGAAACCAAAAUCCCAGAGAGGAAGGAAAGCAAAGCACCAGAGAGAAAGGAAUUGAAAAUCCUAAAGAAGGAAACCAAAACUGCAGAGAAGAUUGAAAACAAACUCCCAGAAAAGAAAUACAAACCUCCAGAAAAGAGGGAAACCAAAUUCCCAGAGAGGAAGGAAAGCAAAGCACCAGAGAGGAAGGAAUUGAAAAUCCUAAAGAAGGAAACCAAAUCUCCAGAGAAGAGAAGCAAACCUCUAGAAAAGAAGGAAACCAAAUGCCCAGAGAGGAAGGAAACCAAAAUCCCAGAGAAGGAAACCAAGGCACCAAAACAGAAGGAACCCAAAGCCCCAAAGAAGGGGGAAGCCAAAGUGCCAGAGAAGAGAGAGACCAAAGCCCCAAAGAAGAAGGAACCCAAAGCCCCAAAGAAGGGGGAAGCCAAAGUGCCAGAGAAGAGAGAGACCAAAGCCCCAAAGAAGAAGGAACCCAAAGCCCCAAAGAAGGGGGAAGCCAAAGCCUGAAAGAAGGGAGGAACCAAAAUCCCAGAGAACCCAGCUGAGCUGGAGAAGAACUCUUCAUUUUAUUCACACAACUUAUUUUAUACAGUUUGACAAACCUAAUGUGCCACUUUAGUUAGUUAAUAGAUUUCUUAUUAUUAGUUAUGCCAGUUAUUCUGUUGGAUAAUAAAAUAUAUUUUAC